AUGAAUAAGACUUCCAUCACCCAUUUCAAUUUUCUUGGAUUUCCCAGCUAUUUGGAAGUGCAGAUUCUCAUGUUUAUUCUGCUUUCUGCUGUCUAUGCAGUCACUGUAACUGGUAAUUGUCUCAUCAUCCUUAUUACAUGGGCUGACAUGACCCUUCAUACACCUAUGUACUUCUUUCUGAGAAUCUUGUCAUUUCUGGAGAUCUGCUACAUCUCUGUCACCCUCCCCAAGAUGCUACACGACUUGGUCUCAGAGGACAAGUCCAUCUCAUUCAGUGGGUGUGCUGCCCAGAUGUAUUUUAUCUUGUUCUUGGGGACAGUUGAGUGUUUUCUUUUGGCCUCCAUGUCUUAUGAUCGCUGUGUUGCAAUAUGCCUCCCUUUGCAUUAUACAGUGCUAAUGUCCAAAGGAGUUUGUAUCUAUCUGACUUUGGCUUCAUGGAUGGGUGGCAUUCUUAUCCCACUGGUGAACACAACCUGGGCAUUUAGUUUGCCCUACUGUGGCUCUAACAAGAUCAACCAUUUCUUCUGUGACUUCCCACCAGUUCUGAAGCUAGCCUGUGCUGACACAUCUCUGAAUGAGACAGUGAUGCUAGUGAGCAGUUUAGUCAUCACUCUGAUACCUUUCAUCUUCAUACUGGCAUCCUAUACCUGCAUCCUGAGCACUAUAUUAAGGAUUCCUUCAUCUGAAAGUAGACAUAAAGUGUUCUCCACAUGUUCUUCACAUCUCAUCAUGGUGACCCUUUUCUACGGCUCGGCCAGCUUUAUGUACUUACAUCCCAAAUCCAGUUAUUCUUUGGAACGAGACAAAUUCCUCUCUCUUUUUUACACAGUGGUAACACCAAUGCUAAAUCCUAUCAUCUAUAGCUUGAGAAACAGUGAAGUAAAAAAGUCCCUAGCAAGAAUGUUUAAAAGGAAAAUAUUGUCCUAG